UUGACACCCUCCACAAGCCAAGAGAAACACAUAAGCUUUGGUUUUCUCACUCUCCAAGCCCUCUAUAUAAACAAAUAUUGGAGUGAAGUUGUUGCAUAACUUGCAUCGAACAAUUAAUAGAAAUAACAGAAAAUUAAAAAAGAAAUAUGGUUGCUUUCACUGAGAAGCAAGAUGCUUUGGUGAGUAGCUCAUUCGAAGCAUUCAAGGCAAACAUUCCUCAAUACAGCGUUGUGUUCUACACUUCGAUACUGGAGAAAGCACCUGCAGCAAAGGACUUGUUCUCAUUUCUAGCAAAUGGAGUAGACCCCACUAAUCCUAAGCUCACGGGCCAUGCUGAAAAGCUUUUUGCAUUGGUGCGUGACUCAGCUGGUCAACUUAAAGCAAGUGGAACAGUGGUGGCUGAUGCCGCACUUGGUUCUGUUCAUGCCCAAAAAGCAGUCACUGAUCCUCAGUUCGUGGUGGUUAAAGAAGCACUGCUGAAAACAAUAAAGGCAGCAGUUGGGGACAAAUGGAGUGACGAGUUGAGCCGUGCUUGGGAAGUAGCCUACGAUGAAUUGGCAGCAGCUAUUAAGAAGGCAUAAUUAGUAUCUAUUGCAGUAAAGUGUAAUAAAUAAAUCUUGUUUCACUAUAAAACUUGUUACUAUUAGACAAGUUCCUGAUACAAAUGUUGGUUAAAAUAAGUGAAUUAUAUAGUAUUGGAUAAAAAUCUUAAGUUAAUAUUCUA